CUUAUUAGCUUACACGUUUCAGAAGGAAAAAAACGAAAUUUCCUCCAACCUUUUAUUUACUUAUUUAUACCCAAAAUGACUAAAACAAAAUAAAAACAAAGGAGAAAAUUAAAAAAAAAAUUAGGAAGAAGAAAAAUCAAUAGAAAAGAAGAGAAAGAAAGAGAGACUAUUUUGCCGAAAAUACAUAUUUCGCCCCCUCUGAUUUCUCGUCUGUUCUUUCCGAUGCUCCGCAGAUUGGUCUCAUCAACCUCUGAUUGAUUCUUCACAGCUCGAACAAAUUAGCUUAAGAACCCCGGUACGCGAAUCGAUCUUCUGCUUCAACUUCAUUGCCUGAAUAUCCAAUCCUAGCACUCGUUUUUUCUCUGAAUCUUUUUGUGUGUACGCCAUCGCCCACUGGAAUCAAUUUUUUCCGUCCUGGGUUUGAGCUGGUUUUUUGUUUGUUUUACACUUCUCAAUCGAUCAAUCGGGUUGUUGAUUUGAGAUUGCUGUUCGAAUUGAAACAGUCGAUGUUGGGAUGUCCCGUGUUCAAUGGGACUGGGCAAGUUUCUGAUUGCAUUGCUCAUCAGUUUUCUAUUUCUGGGCACUGUUGGAAUUUCUCUCAUUUCCAUCGCAAUUUGGGAUUUGAUGAUGAAUUUUGAUUGAUCAUCCACUUACUCUCACUGGGUAAUGAUCAAGUGGAAAAUUUGACUGUGGUAAUGAGUUGAGUCAGCUCUAAUUAAUGCCUUCCAUGUAGUGUAUGAUCUGAUAUUGCUCUUGUGCUGGUAUUUAGUUAGAUGCUUGGAUUGUAGGUAAUGAAUUUGUUUUGAUAGACUAGAUGAUUGAAUGGGGUUGAUGAUUGUAUAAUUGAUGGUCACCUCAACUCUCUGGAUUCUGCAGCUUAAAACAACAAAUGGCAUCAAUGGUUGCUAAGGCCAGUAGUAGUAAGGUAUCUUCCUUUGUAUCUGUACAAGAAAAAGGGAGUAGGAAUAAGAGGAAGUUCCGUGCUGAUCCUCCAUUGGGUGAAGCUGACAAGAUCAUCCCUUCGCCCCAAAACGAGUGUCCUAGUUACGAAUUCUCUGCCGAGAAGUUUGAACCUACCCCAGUUCAUGGUCUGGCGAGUGCAUGUGAUCUGUGUGGUGUGAAUCAAGAUCAUGCAGAUGGACUGAAGCUGGGGCUUGGGUUAUCUACUGCAUUGGGUUCAACCGAGGUUGAGUUGAUUCAGGCAAGGGAGGAACUAGAAGAAUCCAGUGAUGCUGAUUGGAGUGAUCUCACGGAAUCCCAAUUGGAAGAGCUUGUUUUAAGCAAUUUGGAUGCAAUAUUCAAAAGUGCAAUAAAAAGAAUCGUCGCCUUUGGGUAUGUUGAAGAAGUGGUUACGAAGGCUGUCUUGAGGUCUAGUGUUUGUUAUGGAUGUAAAGACACUGUAUCAAAUAUAGUGGAUAAUACCUUAGCAUUUCUACGAAAUUGUGAGGAGAUUGAUCCUUCUAGGGAGCACUGUUUUGAUGAUUUACAGCAGCUGGAGAAGUAUAUACUGGCGGAAUUAGUUUGUGUGUUGAGGGAAGUUAGACCUUUCUUCAGUACCGGGGAUGCAAUGUGGUGCCUCCUGAUAUGCGACAUGAAUGUUUCUCAUGCCUGUGCAAUGGAUGGCGACCCAAUGAGUGGUUUUGCUGGUGAUGGAUCCCAGUCAAAACCCGAAUCUGAAGGUUCUGAAUCUAAUGUUAUAACAACAACCCCUUGCAAGCCAGUGCCAUCAAUUCCUUGCUCUCCAAGCACCAGUAUUCCUACUGGAGUUUCCCAUGCAAUCAGACCGAAGAAUCCUGGUGUUGUCCUUAAUGGUCUAUUAUCGGACAAAGAAGGAUCAAUUACUUCUGCAUUUGAUCCUGUAGAUAAAUGUUUCAGCAUUGCAGGACCAUCACAGUUACCUGUACUGGAAGAAAGGUUUACAGUUAGUAGGAAGGUCCAUUCCGGUAGCAGCAAGAGAGAGUUCAUUCUCCGGCAGAAAUCUGUACAUCUGGAGAAAAGCUACCGUACUUAUGGGUCUAAAGGUUCGCUGAGAGGUGGGAAAUUGAGCGGGUUAAGCAAUUUAAUUCUAGACAAGAAACUUAAGUCUGUCUCGGAUUCCACUGCUGUUAAUAUAAAGAAUGCUUCCAUAAGAUUGAGUAAGGCUAUGGGGGUUGUUGAUAAUAACCCUCAAGAUGGUGGGGAAUCCGGGCCUUCUUCCUCAGUAUCAUUUACUUUGGAGACUCCCAGUACCGCUUCUUCUUUACCUACCCAUAUCCCUUCUGUAUUACCCUCGGCCAAUGCCUCAACUGUAUUACCUCUGGUUAGUGUCACAUAUCCUCUAUCAACUGCAGACACCGAGCUUUCACUUUCACUCCCUACAAAGACACCGAAUUAUAGUUUUUCUGGAAUGCCGUGUGAUAAUAAGCCAAUGGCACAGUGGGUUCCUCGAGACAAAAAGGAUGAGAUGAUUGUGAAGCUUCUUCCUAGGGUUAGAGAACUGCAAAAUCAGCUUCAAGAAUGGACAGAGUGGGCAAACCAGAAGGUUAUGCAGGCAGCUAGAAGGCUGAGUAAAGACCGGGCCGAACUUAAAUUGUUGAGGCAAGAGAGAGAAGAAGUCGAACGGCUGAAGAAGGAGAAACAAACUUUGGAAGAAAACACCAUGAAGAAGCUAACCGAGAUGGAAAAUGCCUUGGGGAAGGCCAGUGGACAGGUAGAGAGAGCAAACUCUGCGGUCCGGAGGCUCGAAGUGGAGAAUGCUGCACUAAGGCAGGAGAUGGAAGCUGCGAAGCUACGUGCUGUUGAGUCAGCUACCAGCUGUCAGGAAGUUUCUAAGAGGGAGAAGAGGACAUUGGUGAAGUUUCAGUCGUGGGAAAAACAGAAAGGAAUGCUUCAGGAGGAGCUUGUGUCUGAAAAGCGCAAGGUCUCACAGCUACUGCAGGAUCUCGAUGCUGCCAGACUACAACAGGACCAACAAGAGGCUAGAUGGCAACAGGAAGAGAAGGCAAAGGAAGAGCUUCUUUCCCAGGCCAGCAAAAUAAGAAAAGAAAGAGAGAAAACUGAGUCCUCAUCCAAAUCCAAAGAGGACAUGAUCAAACUAAGAGCAGAAACCAAUCUGCAAAAAUACAAAGAAGACAUACAGAAGCUCGAGAAAGAGAUCUCCCAGCUCAGACUUAAAGCCGACUCAUCAAAGAUCGCUGCACUCCGUAGGGGAAUCAAUGGCACUCGAGCUCCCAUGGACAUCAAAACCAAUCCUGCCUCCCGGAAGGAGACGAACCGUUCCAACCACAGUCUUCCUGAAGUGGUCAUCACCGCUUUCAAUGACUACUACUCGGACAACGAAGGUGUGAAGCGGGAGAGGGAGUGUGUGAUGUGUCUCUCGGAGGAGAUGUCGGUGGUUUUCCUGCCGUGUGCUCAUCAGGUUGUCUGCACGAACUGCAACGAGCUGCAUGAGAAGCAAGGGAUGAAGGACUGCCCUUCUUGUAGGAGCUUCAUCAAGCGACGGGUUGCAGUACGUUAUGCUCCUUCCCACUCUUAGUAUAGUUAUGAUGGUGAUUUAUAAUUUGAUUGAUUGUAUUGAGUGUGUUGAGCUUGACUAUAUGAGAGAAAAGAGAGUUUAUAAUAGAGUUUUGAGUGGCUUUUUGGAAUAAUGGUUGUUUGGGUGGGGACUCUUUUUUUUUUAGUUUGAAUAAUCUUGGUAUCCUGAU